GCAGUCUCUAGCCGCAGAAAGUAUGUAUCAGAGCGAUUGCCGUACGCAUGCUGUAUAUCAAAAUCGACCGAACACAUGAGGUCACCUUGACGCCAUUUCCGGUCCUCCUAUAGCUAUGGUCUGAAAUACAUUUGCAUGCAGUAGAGGAAAAUCCUAACGUUCAACGGUGGGGCCUACCGUUCUUACUCAAUGAACCUGCUAAUCUGACCUUGCUCUGAGUGUGGAUGGGCGAGGCUCGCCAAAUGCCGACUGACCAGUCGUGACCGGUAUAUAAGACCGGCUGACCGGUGCAGUGGACAUCAUUCAACCAUUGUGUCUCACAGAACACACAUCCUCAAAUCAACCGAACAUGAAGAUGCUGGUGAUCGCCGCUGUCCUGGCCGUUGCUGCCGCCGACAAGCUGCCGACGUUCCCCACCUACUCUGCCCCUGCCCCGAGGGCCUACUCUGCCCCGGCCCCGCCAUCCUACUCUGCCCCUGCUCCCCCGCAGUACGGACAGAAGGUCCCCCAGAUCCUCUCUCAGCAGUUUGACCUCCGCGACGACCAGUCCUACGUUGCCAGCUACCAGACUGAGAACGGCAUCUCUGCCUCCGACUCUGGCCGGCUCGUGGCCGGCUACGGCAGCGAGCCCAGCUACGCUCGUGAGGGACAGUACAGCUACACCGACGACUACGGCAACACCUACACCGUCACCUACACGGCCGACGCCAACGGCUUCCAGCCGCAGGGUGCCCAUUUCCCGACGCCCGUGCCCACCGAGUACCCGACCCCGCAGGUGCCGGUGACCCAGGCCAGCUACCAGGCGGCCCCCGCCCCCAGCUACCAGGCGGCCCCCGUCCAGCCCCAGCCCCAGUACCAGGCCUACCAGCCCAGCUACCAUGUGGUCUCAAUACACAGCGUUGUAGACAUCAUUCAACCACUGCAGCUCGCAGAGUUCACAUCCUCAAAUCAACCGAAUAUGAAGAUGCUGGUGAUCGCCGCUGUCCUGGCCGUUGCUGCCGCCGACAAGCUGCCGACGCUCCCCACCUACUCUGCCCCUGCCCCGAGGGCCUACUCUGCCCCGGCCCCGCCGUCCUACUCUGCCCCUGCUCCCCCGCAGUACGGACAGAAGGUCCCCCAGAUCCUCUCUCAGCAGUUUGACCACCGCGACGACCAGUCCUACGACUCCAGCUACCAGACUGAGAAUGACAUCUCUGCUUCCGACUCUGGCCGGCUCGUGGCCGGCUACGGCAGCGAGCCCAGCUACGCUCGUGAGGGACAGUACAGCUACACCGACGACUACGGCAAAACCUACACCGUCACCUACACGGCCGACGCCAACGGCUUCCAGCCGCAGGGUGCCCAUUUCCCGACGCCCGUGCCCACCGAGUACCCGACCCCGCAGGUGCCGGUGACCCAGGCCAGCUACCAGGCGGCCCCCGUCCCCAGCUACCAGGCGGCCCCCGUCCAGCCCCAGCCCCAGUACCAGGCCUACCAGCCCAGCUACCAGGGUCAAAAUUCAGGGAUUUCGUAUCCCAUUCUGCGGCGCGAGAAUGUUAUGGAAAGUCGAAAAGAACCGGGCGAGAUGGACAUCAUUCAACCACUGCAGCUCGCAGAGUUCACAUCAUCAAAUCAACCGAAUAUGAAGAUGCUGGUGAUCGCCGCUGUCCUGGCCGUUGCUGCCGCCGACAAGCUGCCGACGCUCCCCACCUACUCUGCCCCUGCCCCGAGGGCCUACUCUGCCCCGGCCCCGCCGUCCUACUCUGCCCCUGCUCCCCCGCAGUACGGACAGAAGGUCCCCCAGAUCCUCUCUCAGCAGUAUGACCUCAGCGACGACCAGUCCUACGUUGCCAGCUACCAGACUGAGAAUGGCAUCUCUGCCUCCGACUCUGGCCGGCUCGUGGCUGGCUACGGCGGCGAGCCCAGCUACGCUCGUGAGGGACAGUACAGCUACACCGACGACUACGGCAACACCUACACCGUCACCUACACGGCCGACGCCAACGGCUUCCAGCCGCAGGGUGCCCAUUUCCCGACGCCCGUGCCCACCGAGUACCCGACCCCGCAGGUGCCGGUGACCCAGGCCAGCUACCAGGCGGCCCCCGCCCCCAGCUACCAGGCGGCCCCCGUCCAGCCCCAGCCCCAGUACCAAGCCUACCAGCCCAGCUACCAGUAACUCAGCUGACUGCUAGUCUAUUUAUAUAUG